ACUUCCUGUCGGUUACAACCAGUCAGCCAAACGCAUUGUGAAAGUAUCUGGACAAUGUUGUAUCAAUGACGAAAAGAGGCUGCAUAGCUUUUAGGGGCUACACUCAAUUUAAAAGAAAUUACAAAAUGUGUGGCAAAGGGGAAACGAGAGAAGUGCUGUAAGUAUCUACAACGAAAAUAUUUUUUAAUAAAGACAAUUAGCAAAUUUUCCAAAAGAACAUAAUAAUAAAAGUCACAAUACCCGCUGAUUGCUACGGCAAUUUGAAAGUGUACAAAUUGUAAAUCUGACGACUACGGUUGCAAUCCGGUCAUUCAAGAAUGUGCCUGUGUCAUGCAUUUGAUGUGGUGUGACCAGAAGUUAACAUACAGCUAGCAGCCUACUUUCAGCUGUACCUUGUUUCGUAAACAAAUAUCAAAAAUCUGGUUACUGUAAACUCAAGGAAUAUUUGAUUAGAACAUAUUUUAACUUCUUGCAUCGGCUUUAAAAGCAAAACAAUGAGAACAUACACUGAAAGAAAACGUGAAGGCAGAAAGAUCAGGAGAAAAAACACAUAGUCAACAUUUCAAAAGUAAUCAUCUUGAAGAAAAGGGGUUGAGAUGAUCGGUGUUAAAAAGACUUGCCGAGCUCAAAGAGCUCAUGCUGGAUGAAAUAAAAAAACGUGAUGGGGUACACGCACAAUUUUCAAGCACCGUACAACAUAGUAGGCUUCUUCCAAUACACCACUCACCGACAUGCCCCACCACUGCUUGCUUCAAAUGGAGGAGAACAGAGUGACAAAUAUAAACAGUGGGACGGCUGUGUUGAGGGAAAUUACCUCCCAGAACCACUGGCAUACUGCCAGCAUGAAGACAUUCAUCUGUUUUAUACAGAGUUCGACUCACAAGACAGAGGGGAGGAGUAAGAGAGCGAACAAGCCGGGAGAGUGUGCGGGCUUGAUCACAGGCUGUGAAUAAGAUGCAGAGAGUAGGAACAGGAGAGAGACGGAGGAGACUACAUCUGAAACUUUUAAACCAAUGAUCGCGGUAGGUGAUGCGAAGAAAGACUUGGGGUUCCUCCAACAUGUGGAAGCAAAACAAAUUCCACAUCAUGGACGGCUUCAGACAGAGACAGAUUUAGGUUUCACCGCUGAGGGAGGGCAUUCUCUGUCACGUUUAUAUUUGGGGAGAGUGGAAAUGUAAAGUGAUAGAGGACCUUAAAAAAGAGAUUUGACGAAGAAGGCUACAAAUACUGAAAUGCACUGGGCGGUAAGCUUCACUGUUCUUGAACUAAAUAUUGCUUUACUGUCUAUGAACGUGAAGAUGCACAGAAAAAUACUCAAGGAGCUACUGAACAUCGACGAUGAACUUAAAUGAAUACUUAAUAUGUUACUACCUUCAGAAGCAGUGGCGCAAUGGAUGACAAGAGCAUCAACUGCCUGGGAAAGUGAGGACCCCUGCUAACAUCUUACUGCGGAAGUACUAAUCGUGUCAGGAUUACUGCCAGCAUUGGAAUUAGUAGUGUGGACCUUUUUUUCUUUCUUUUUAUUCUCUCCAAGCAGUGGAUCCUCUAUCGAUUUUGAGCUACUUUCUUUGGUUUGUACAGUGCAAAAGGGAUGAAGCAUCCUGUGCAUUGACCCUGAGCUGUCACGCCCUACACUGGGUCCUUGCCUGUGGGACACAGUGAUCAUGCUGACCGAGUGUCCAACACCAGAAGGAUCAGAGCCCCGACACACGCCAAGGCCUGCCGUUACCUCUGCAGCACCAUGUCUCAAGCAGUUGCAGCUGCACUCGAGGCCAACGGCUCACAGCCUGGAGAAGAAGCUGGGGUUAAGCUGAAAUGGGCUGCCCUGCUUAUCGUCAUGGUCAUAGUCCCCACUAUUGGAGGAAACAUCCUGGUCAUUCUUGCUGUGUCACUUGAAAGAAAGCUGCAGAACGCCACAAACUACUUUCUAAUGUCGCUAGCUGUGGCUGAUCUGUUGGUGGGACUCCUUGUGAUGCCCAUUGCCCUUGUUACUGUUCUCUACGACUCAGACUGGCCUCUCCCGGAGUCCCUCUGCCCUAUUUGGCUGUUCCUCGAUGUGCUGUUUUCCACCGCAUCCAUCAUGCACCUAUGCGCCAUUUCACUGGAUCGCUACAUUGCCAUCAAGAAGCCAAUCCAACAUAGCCAAUACAAAUCGAGAGCCAAAGCGAUGGUGAAGAUUGCAUUGGUGUGGCUCAUAUCGAUUUGUAUUGCGAUCCCGAUUCCGAUUAAGGGGCUUAAGAACAGCCAUCUCCCCAACAACAUCACCUUCACCAGUAACCACACAUGCAUGCUGAAACCAGACACCUUCCAGGAGUUUAUCAUGUUCGGCUCCUUGGCGGCAUUCUUCAUUCCUCUGACCAUCAUGAUGGUCAUCUACCUACUUACUGUCCAGGUGCUGCGCAAAAAGGUUUAUUUGCUCAGGUCAAAGGUGACUCAGCGCUUGAGCUACCCGGCAGUCUCCACAGUCUUUCAAAGAGAACAAGCUGUGACUCCAUCUCAAGCAGAGCAACUUCACAACCUGGACAGCAGACUUCCCAGGAUGCAAGAAAAAACAUAUGCAGAAUCAACAAACUCGCCUACACGAGAUGAAAUAACUUUUCGGAGAAUGUCAACAAUGGGCAAGAAGUCAAUGCAGACUCUGAGCAAUGAGCAGCGCGCCUCAAAGGUGCUGGGCAUCGUCUUCCUCCUGUUCGUAGUCAUGUGGUGCCCUUUUUUCAUCACUAAUAUCACCUCUGUGCUAUGCACCAGCUGUGAUGUUCGUGUCAUAGCCCGCCUCAUGGAGAUCUUUGUUUGGGUUGGUUAUGUGUCAUCAGGCAUUAACCCAUUGGUCUACACCCUCUUCAACAAAACGUUCAGGCAAGCGUUCACGCGUUACAUGACCUGCAAUUACGAAACCUCUGCUAGUCACAGUCCAGGAAGGCACCCCGGGGCAUCAAAUGGAGAUCGGAACCUUACUCGGAUUUCAUUCAGAUCUUCCAUGGCAGAAAACUCUAAACUGUUCAUGAAGUGUGGAAUGAAGAAUGGCAUUGGAGCCGUUAGCUACCAAAGUCCACUGAGGAGCCGGCACGAACCUGUACCGUCAUCUAGUGGUGUUUUGCUAGAUACAGUGCUUCUGACUGAAUGUGAAGGUAGCAAGCAGGAAGAACAUGUUAGCUGUGUAUAGAAAUAACAGAAAUGGCUAGCCCCAUAACAACAAUUCGUAAUGCAUGAAUCUGAGGUUACUCACAAUUUGAUUGGCAAACAGUUCAAUGCCAGUGUUUACUGUACAAUACACCAACCUGUUGUCUGCUGAUGAUUAUUUAUAUCAUUUAGCAUUAGCAUUUUUUUAACAAAAAGGUAAAUAAAGCACCAUUUGUAAUUAGGAUAGUUUCAGAAAUACACAUUUAAUGAAGUCAAACUUCAGUUAUAAAUGUGAAUAUCUGGUCAAAAUAUUUGGCACUGGGCCUUUAACACAGGCCAAAUAAAUAAUGUGAAUUCUAGAGAACAGCAAGUUUGAGUUUUUCAAACGUUAGAAAACCUUCCGAUGGCCUGUAACAGGUCAACUAAAAGAAGGAAAACGCAGGAGUAUGAUGUCAUCUAUGAAAGACCAAAAGUCAACAAAGUUCCGGCGACCAGACAAAAAGGUUAGGAAUGAAGACAUAACGAUAACCUUUAAAUUCUCAGUGAAUACAGCUAUACCAUGUAUUCCCAUGCUGAUCCUUUCUAGGCUAUUUGAAUAUGCUGUUGACCAUCUCAGACUACAUGCUUAAUAUAUUUUGUUAAAUCAAACCUAACUCUACCUUUCAAAUCUUUUCUGCAACAGACACAUACAAUACAUUGCACUCUUGAAAUGAUACUUAUUGUAUUUGCUGGACCUUUGACAAGCACUGUUGUAUGUGUAUUGCAGGCUGAUGUCUUGACAUGUUAGACGUUUUCCAAAUAAAAAAGAUUGUAUACUAAAGAACUAAAUCCAAGUCAAAUAGAAACGUCAAUGCUUCAACUAAAUAUCUGUCUGAGUUGGUGGUGUGAAAGUAAAGUGCACAAAAUGUUUUGCUUUGACUGUUGAUAUCUUCACUCGUAUGCUUCUUCUUCUUUUAAGAUCAGCAAAUAAUAAAAACUGGAAUACUUGCAAGUAAGAAAAAUGUGGGACAGUGUACUUAACAUUAAUUGUACAGUCCCGUACAAUGUUUGUAGCAUUUUUGUAAGCCAGAAUACAGAAGAUAUUAAAAUACAUAGAAGUUUAAACAACCUCAAAGAAACUUAGUAAUAUAAAACAGUGUUUGCUCAAUGUGGCAAGAAAUAUGAGAUUUGGAUAAUGCUCUACAAGCUUGGUUUGAAAGUUUGGGGCGCAUCACUGUUCUAUUAUUGUCUAGACCAACCCAGUCACAUUGGUAACAAACGUCACUUUGUAUAUGUAGCAGAAACUUAAGACAAAAUAACUUAAACGUUUUGCUGCGCUGGUGUUCAAGUUGAGGGAGUUAUCCAUUAGCCUUUAGGAAGUUAGAGACAGUGGCCAACUGAAUUGUUCUGGUUCAGAUGUCUUUCUAAACACAGUGAAUAUUUACACAAAGAUUAUUUAGCGGCCAAUUGAUCACACAGCCUUUUUGGGGCUUAAAAUGUACACCCUGAUAUUUGUGGACUGGCUAGUUGCUCUGUUUAACAGGGCUCUGCUCACCGAGUGAUAAAUCAUUCUAAAUAGCCUGGAAAGAGAAUGUGUGAGUGACAGUGCAUCCAGCUCCCUCUGACACAGGAAUAACAAUCUACAUAUACUACAACUCAUCAGCAGUACCAAAACUAAAAAAGGGGCCCCAACAGAAACAAGAAGAAUACAAACAAAUGCUUCAUUUUAAAAUACACAAGGGGAUUACAAUUGUUCCCAAAAAGUAGUGCCGUGUCUCCAAUUUGCACAAGUGCACAAUGCUACUACCUCUGGUACAUGUGACGAAAAGAGCGUUUCAAGCUCAAG